CAAUUCUUCAGGAAAGAUCAAACGCAAAAAUAUAUUGUUAAUGAUCAGAAACCGAAAUGGAGCGUACAGAAUUCAAUUAUUCCAGUUGGGACAAGAAUGAUAAUGAUGUGGGACGUUGUUGGGACAAGUGGUAGACUUAAUGGUUUAGGAUCUUCAAAAAGCAGAGAAGAGGAAACCCCUAAAAGAACCUUUCUUGAUCGUGACUCUAUUUUUGUUUCAAAACCAAAACAUCAUUAUUUAUGCGUCUGCUUUUGUUCCACGGAAACUAGGUGUCCAAUUCGAGACUUAAACCCUACGACGAGGUUUUAGUUCAGAGGCAGAAUCUACAAACUAAAAGAAUUAUUUUUAUUAAUUAAAUUUCAAUACAAACUUUGAGGAAAUAGUACUUCCUCCGUUUCAAAUUAUUUGUCGUUCUAGAGAAUUUUUUUUGUUUCAAAAUAAGUGUCGUUUUCGGUUUUCAAUGCAAAAUUUAUUGAUAAUAUUUUCUAUUCUAUUUUUGUAUUGGUUGAUAUAUAGUUAGGUGUGUUGGUAAUAGUGUUUUUAUUUUGAAAAUAUAUAAAAUUAAAUGUUUUCUUAAUCUGUGUGCAUAAAGUUAGAACGACAAGUAAUAUGAAACGGAGGGAGUAUCAAUUAACCCAAGCUCAUGUUCCCCCAACCCCACUAACUGAUGGCGUUUGUAAUAGACAUUGUUACUAAAUUAGAAUUAAAAACAACCAGUCCUAUAUUUUUGCUACUGAACACAUCAUUAUUUUCUUAGUAUUGGAACUUCUAUUGCAAAUCAGUUCUUAGUGUUGUAUACCUACCACAAGACGUGGUAGAACAGUUGGGUUUUUUUUGACAAAGGGCUUUAGAACAGUUGGUUUAAGUGUAAGUAUUGGUGCUGUUAUGAUAUUGGUUCCAAAUCCGGUGGAAAAAGUGUGUCAGCACAGGCUAAUUCUAUACCAAAUGAGAGAUUACUGUAAAAAAAAUGUUGUACACCUAUUCGAUAGAGAGUUCUUUUCAUCAAGAACAUCCACGGACCACGGAGGUACAUUGUUUAAAAGAAAGAGGGACCUCAAAGAAAACUCCAGAGAGGAUGUACUUUACUACUAUUUCAACAUAUGUGAGCUGCUGCUUGAUCAGCGGCUUUGGCCAUCUACGUGAUUUUUUCAGUCGCAUCCUCCUUUUGCCAUUCACCAACGACAAUCUCCAGGGUUAUGCGCCAAUCUGCUUGGAAUACGAGGAUUUCUACAUGAGACGAGCGUAUCAUCGGGUUCAGGACUGUUUUGCCCGUCCAAUAGCGAGUGCACCAGAUGCAUGGGUUGAUGUGCUCGAGAUAAACUGGAAAUAUCAGGAAAAGGUGCUAGAUCGAACAACAAAGAGCAGAAGGUGCCUUAAUUUGGGAUCUUACAAUUAUCUUGGAUUUGGUUCAUUCGAUGAAUAUUGCACGCCUCGUGUUAUUGAGUCCUUAAAGAAAUUUUCAGCAAGUACAUGUAGUUCUCGUGUUGAUGCAGGAACUACUAGUGUGCAUGUAGAGCUUGAGGAAUGUGUAGCUAAAUAUGUGGGAAAACAUUCUGCUAUUGUCUUUGGCAUGGGAUACGCCACAAACUCGUUUAUUAUACCUGUUUUGAUUGGAAAGGGAGGAUUGAUAAUAAGUGAUUCUUUGAACCAUAGUUCGAUUAUUAAUGGUGCUCGAGGUUCUGGAGCCAAUAUUCGCAUUUUCCAACAUAACACACCUUCUCACUUGGAAAAAAUACUGAGAGAAGAAAUAGCCAAAAGACAAACCAAAACACACAAACCCUGGACGAAAAUCAUCGUCAUCGUUGAAGGUAUUUACAGUAUGGAAGGGGAGAUUUGCAAGCUGCCCGAGAUUGUGUCGAUAUGCAAGAAGUACAAGGCAUAUGUUUAUUUGGAUGAAGCUCAUAGCAUUGGAGCCAUAGGAGGUACAGGAAGAGGUGUUUGUGAACUUCUUGGAGUUGAUACGGCUGAUGUGGACAUAAUGAUGGGAACCUUCAGUAAAUCUUUUGGGUCUUGUGGUGGAUAUAUUGCCGGCUCUAAGGAGCUCAUCCAAUAUUUGAAGCACCAUUGCCCGUCUCAUCUUUACGCAACAUCAAUUUCAACUCCUUCCGCGCAACAAAUCAUAUCGGCCAUACAAGUCAUCCUUGGAGACGACGGUUCCAACAGAGGGGCACAAAAGCUAGCAAGAAUACGAGAGAAUAGCAAUUAUUUUCGGACUGAGCUAAGGAAUAUGGGAUUCAAGGUACUUGGAGACGAGGAUUCUCCAGUCAUGCCAAUAAUGCUUUACAAUCCAGCUAAAAUCCCUGCCUUCUCUAGGGAAUGCUUGCGAGAAAAUGUUGCAAUCGCCGUGGUCGGUUUCCCGGCUACACCUCUAAUGCUAGGAAGGGCUCGUAUUUGCAUAUCCGCAUCUCAUUCCAAACCAGAUCUUAUUAAAGCCUUAGAGGUUAUAAGCAAAGUAGGUGACCUUACCGGAAUCAAAUAUUUUCCUGCAGCGCCAGAGAAGCAAGAAAAAAAUGGCAUCAAAUUAGUUUAGACAUUUGAAACCUUAAAGGCUGCUUUAAUGUGUGUAAUAAUAAUAUUCAUGAACAAAGAACCGGUCUGGUUCGAUCUGGUUUCAUAUUGUUAGCAAAAUUGCAGCCUCCACGAAAUUAAUCCAACUGGUUUCAUAUGGUUUCAAUUCUCAAGA